GGCCAAGCAAGACGCCACGCUGGACCCGGACGGAGGCCCUCUGAAGAACAGCUUCAACAACCCGGCCUACUACGUGCUGGAGGGGGUCCCGCACCAGCUGCUGGUCUCGGAGCUGCCCCCCGUCAGCCUGGCCAAGCCCCCGGCCCCCCGGAACAAAGUCCAGAUCACGGUGCCCAUCCAGCCGGAGCACCGGCGCCCCCAGCAGCCCCCCUCCCGGGCUGAGGAGAGCUCCGAAGAGGAGGAGGCUGGUGUCCUCAACCUGCCGCCCCCGGACUUCCCGCCCCCGCCGCUGCCCAAGUCAGUGGAGUUUGACGUGGCCGAUAGUUCCUUGUACACUGCCGUGGCCAGCCGGGGGGAGGAGCCCGGGACCAGCAAGCCCCGCCCCUCCGUGGCCUUCAGCGAGCCCUUGGAAGCCAAGCCCCCCAAGCUGCACCCCAGGUCUGGCCCGCCUCUAGGGCCGAGCUUUCUGAUGGAGCCCGCCAGUGCGCCGCAAGCCCCCGGCACCCUCCUGGACGACCGGUCCUGCUCAGUGCUUCAGAUGGCCAAGACGCUCAGCGAGGUGGACUACCCUGGCGGUGGCGGGGCCGGGCUGGGGCGGGAGCAGCAGGGCCGGCCCCCCACGCACCCCCUGACCAAAGUGAGGCUGGACCUUCCCCACCGGUGCCUGCACCCCGACUACAGCCGCCCCAUCGCCUUCCCGCCCCGCUCCAUCCGGGAGAGCAUCGAAGAAGACUUGGCGGAAGAGGCCCUGGGCCAGGACGGACGCAGCAGCUCCAGGCAGAGUGAGUCCAGCGUGGGGGAGUGGUUGCGGGCCAUCGGCAUGGAGAGAUACGAGGAGGGCCUGAUCCACAACGGCUGGGACGACCUGGAGUUCCUCAGUGACAUCACCGAAGAGGACCUGGAAGAAGCCGGCGUGAUGGACCCCCUCCACAAACGCCUCCUCCUGGACCACCUGAGGCUCCGGAAGUAGCCGAGCCCACCCCGGGCCGUCCCCCGUGGGCCUCCGCGCCGCUCCCGGGGAUGCCCCUCCUUCCUUGUGGCUUUUAGAGUCCCUUCCCGCCCGCUCGCCCACCCUGCCAAGCGCGCCGUAUGGACGGCUGCCGCCCCCGUGGUUCGUCCAGGAGCGCGUCUCCCCCCGGUGGGGAGGAACGGCGACCAGACCCUCCUGCAGGCGGCCGUGACAAAGGCUGGCCUCGAAAUCUGGGCACCCACGAGGAGACCGUCCCCUAUGCAGGGACGUCGCCGCAGUGUGGCUACGUGACUGCCCUCCACCACCGCCACCCCGCAGACACCCCCCCUGGUUUCCUGGCAGAGUUGGGGCCCGGCAAACACAAGUGGUCCAGGCGGGGGGGGCACCCCGGAGUGGCCCAGGCUGAGUGGGGCAGAGCGGCGUCCUGCGCCCCCCCUCUCCGCUGCCGGUUAAGUUAUUCUUAUUUAUUGCGACAACAGAAGGAUUCUACGCCGCCCCCCCUUCCCCGUUCCGAAGGACCCCACUCUCCACUCCUGCUCGUCGGCGUUGCCAAGACGAGUGCCCACCCACCACGCCCUGAUUUAUCCGUGGCCGGGUCUCCCCUUCCAGGCCGACAGCUCCCUCUACGACUGGGGAAUCGAGGCCUGCUGCCCUGCCCGUGGACUUAUGGGGCAGCAGGCCCCAAGGGGGCAUCGUUGGAUAGAGCUAUGUGGGGCCUGCGGAGCCCCUCCGUCAAGUGAAAGGUGGGUGUUUAGGAGGGGGCCAGUUUUGAGCCCACGGACCCUCCCUUUCUCAGCACCUCUCCUUUACCGCCCGCUAAGGAGCCCCGGACAUUCCGACACCCGUCGGCCUCUGGGAAGAGGAGCUGUGGGGGAUUGAACCUCCCCGUCGCAUCCGGAGUGCCUUCCCUCUUCCGAGAGCUUUGCCCGUGUGGCCGGCCGCGACACGGAAACGCGACCCGUUCCCGCCUUGCUCGGUUUCUGUCCUCGCUGCGGCCAUCGGGGCCCGCCGAGCGGCAGUAACCUUUUGCUUCCGUGUCUUCUGCUUUAAAGCGUCUGCCUUAAAUACAACCACCCACCCCGACACCCGUUUGACGACAAUCUCCAAAAUAGGCUCAGGUAGCCCCAAAGGUGCCAGCAUGGCUGAGCAUCCCGGGAAGGUCUUCCAGCCGCAAAAGAAGUCGGUUGGUUUGACUUUAGAUGUCGGGACAGGGGAGUGUUGGGGGAGUCUGCUGAGACCCAGCACAGCCCCCUUUUGAGGUCCUCCCCCCUCUGACGUUCCAGCAUUGGAAUAUCUCACAGGAAGUCCGUCCUCCCGAACGUCACUGUGUACCACAGAGCAGCCAAUCACAGAUGACUGUGGGGCAGCCAGUAGGGUCAGAGGGUGUGUGGCUACAAGCCAGGUCCCAGGCAAAGGUGAGCCGGCACCUCCCAGGUUUUUCAAGUUGGAGGAAGUCAGAGGUGCGAGAAUUCGUCUCAGGCUCCGCCCUCUUUCCAUCCCAGUUGGCCGUCCCAGCAUGCAUUGGGAAGGGGGGUAGGGUACCCUUGGCGGCCCUUUCUCGGCGCUCCCGGGUAUCCAUCCGGCCCCGCACCGUUUAUAAGGAACUGUAAGCCUCUGUUGAGCAUGCCAUUUUUAUUCUUGGUGGGAGGCAAGUCACCGAGGUUCGGUUCUCUUUGCAAACCCUGCCCUCUUAAUCCAUGCAAACAAGGUACCCGCGGGAACGUCGCGGGGGCCACGUCCUGUCCCUAAGCGGAGGAGGAUUGGGGCAGCGGGCCUAGCUGGCAGGCUCCGCUUGGCCCCCGCACAAACAUAUUGUCACCGAGUGCCUUAGUUUAUAACUUGAUGGGUGUUGGGGGGGGGGGGUCCUCUGUCCCUGUGCCUGUUGAGUUUGGAAGAAGUUUUGCAGGAGACCGUGUGGCCUUAUGCAGCGUAAGAAGGAGCUAGUCUCUGGAACUGAAAUGAAGGAUGUCCCCCACCCAUCCCUUUUCCCCCUCCUGCAAGAUUGCCAUAAUGUGGGGGGCCAGGGGGGUGGAGCAGAUGGGGGGGACUUGAUUGGCCGCCUCUCUAUCACACCCCUCUACCCCCGUUCUCUUCUUAGUUUGGUGUGAGUUUAACCCCCCUACUAAAUCGUUCUUCCGUGUUUGUAUUUUAUGUGUACGGGCGUGUACGUUUUGUGUUGUAUUUUUUUAAUGUUUAAUUUAAUUGUCAUUUGAAAUUCUUCCUUCUUAUGCUUAAAAUUUCACAGGGCGGGGGGGAGAGAACCCCCCACCCCAAAACAUUCACAUUUCAUGUCUUUAGUUUACCACAUCUUGAUCCAAUA